AUUAUUAUUCCAAACAUGAAAACAUUCAUCUGCAAGGGGUUUAACUUACCAAUUUUGAUAGUAGUCCUACUGAAAAUUAACAAUGUUAUAACACUUAGACCUUUAAUUCCCUUCUCAGUGCAAACUGUAUAUUUGGAAGAUCUAAUUAAUCUUAAGGUUCACGCCAAACACGAGGAGAAGACGGAGAGCAAAUCGGUGUACAGGGAGUACAACCGCGAGUUCCUGCUGCCGAAGGGAGUCAACCCGGAGAGGAUCAAGUCUUCGCUGAGCAAGGACGGCGUCCUGACCGUCGAGGCUCCGCUCCCGGCGAUCGGCUCCGGCGAGAAGCUGAUCCCCAUCGCGCAGCAGUAAAACCGAUCGCCGAAACGGACGAACGCGCGAGAACGACAGCGAAACGAUACACCCCCGAAAGCUACCCCGACAAUUCCAUCAUCCGUGCGUCCGUGCCAGAUCGCUGACAAAUUCCUGUCCCCCGUUCUUCGUGAAUUCCCGUAAGUCCAUUUUUCUUCUCUCUUUCUUUCUAUCCGCAGCUUCCCAUCGUCCCGUUUCCCGCGAGCAUCCUCCCCGCCGCUCGUUUCCGGUCCACCUUCACGCCCUUCGUCUCCGUCGUUCCCUUCCGGUGAUCACAAACACGGAUCGUCCCACCUUCUCGGUCCCUCGUCGGAAAACAAGCGAUUUCACGGACGACGCUCGAGAGACGAAGCCAACGAACGAUUUUUCGGGAAAGAGGUUCGCCGAGGAUCGAUGCUCGAGUUCCAGCGAUAACACCUGAAGAACCUGCGAACGAUUGCGCCCCGCGGAUCGAACGUCGAUUCGUUUUUUACUCUUGUUUUUCGAGGACCACCGAUCGUUGACCGGCUUCCUUUUCGACGACGAUCCCGAUCCCGGCCCGGUACGGGUCGGCCGAGCGAUAUAAUCAAAUUUUAGACGAGAUAGGCGUUCGUUAAACGAACCGGAUAAUUUUUCUAUGGAACUCGAACGUGCGAACGUUCGACGCGCUUUUCGUCGGGAUCGAAUCUCCGACAGGGAAUCGAAUGUUUCAACCAUCCGCGGGGAUCGCGAUCGUUCGCGGCUCAGAACACGACGAAAGAAUGGAGAGAAAGAAAGAUAGAAACGAAACGAAACGAGUAUAAUUGUAAACGUUAAGGUGUACACGGCGCUUUGGACGUCGUCUAAUCGUAGGAGAAUGUUUGAUAAAUUAUUCUUCCUUUUUGGUACGAGCAGCUUUUUUGACGCUUUGAUAUACUUCCUUUUUAGAAGUAACACGAACUUUUUCAGGAACACGCAUUGCCUUUCAAAAUGUAUCUUAGAUGUUGUUUCGUGGGAGACACGAAGAAAAAAAGCAAAAUUACAGAGAGAGAGAGAGAAAGGGAGGGAGAGAGAGAGGGAGAGAGUGAGACGCGUUCGCGUGAACCCGCCGGGUUCAACGGAAACGAGAGAAGUUCUAUCGGGCAAUUCGAACGCGAACGGAAAGCGAUCUUCUGUAAACGAUAACUUAUGUAUGUGUUAGUUUUAGGUACUACGUUAAAAGACUAUAACACGAGAAUGCUUAGAGUAUGUAAGCAUCGUAACGAUGAUGAUGAAGAUUAUGAUGAUGAUGAUGAUGAUGAUAUGAUGAUGAAUAUUAUUAUUAUUUAUGAAUAUUUUACUAUUGUCGAGAUACGUAUAAUGUUUAAAAGGUAAUGCGAACAAUAUGGAAGUUUAAAUAAAAAUAAACCUUCAAGGUG